GAUUGGCCGGGUCGUGUUUCCGGGUGUGCACGUGUCUGUGUGUAUUGUGAUGGCGGAAUGGCCGGAGGUGGAUCGGGCGGAGAAGGAGCGGAGGAGGGAAUUAAUCCUCCAGGGGGUGGAUGAUCGGCUCCGCGAGAAUGGCGGGCAGCUCCCCCCGGCUCUCUUCUCUCUCUCCCUCCUGAAUUACCUCCAGGUGAGCGGCUGUGCGGAGCUCCGGGAGGUUCCGGGGGAGAUCGGCCGCCUCACCCGCCUACAGAGCCUCGUCCUGUGCGGGAACCGUCUGCGGGGCCUCCCGGGGGGAGUGGCGGAGCUCCGGGGGCUGAAGGUGCUGGAUGUGUCCGGGAAUGAGUUGGAGAAUCUCCCGGAGGAGCUGAGCCGUCUGUCCGAUCUCUCCUCCCUCAAUGUGUCCGGGAACCGGCUGGAGGAACUUCCGCGGGGGCUGGGCCAAUGUACCCGCCUCUCCUCCCUCCACCUAUCAGGGAACAGGCUGAAGACCCUCCCCCUAGGAAUGCUGAGCUCACAGCUCCCCCUACUGGCCGAAAUCAUCGCCUCUGACAACCAGAUCCGGGAACUGAGUCCCGACAUCGCGCUGCUCACCGGCCUCAAGACUCUGGACCUCUCCAACAACGAGCUCACCGAAAUCCCCUUCGAACUCGCCGACUGCGCCAAGCUGAAGGAAAUCAACUUCAAGGGCAACAAAAUGAAAGACAAGAGAUUGGAGAAGAUGGUGAACGGCUGCCAGACCAAGUCCAUCCUGGAGUACCUGCGGGUGGGGGGCCGGGGUGGGGGGAAGGGCAAGGCGGAGGUGAAGGAGGACCCCAAGGACCGGAGGAAGAAGAAGCAGAGACAGAAGGACGGCGGAGGGGAGGACGAGGUGGAAGACGUCAGUAAGAUGAUGCUGAGAGUUCUGCACAUUGCGGAGAACCCGCUUCCCCUCGCCGUCAGCGUCACGCCCACCAUCAAAGAUGUCCGACCGUACGUCGUGUGCUGUGUGGUGAAGGGGAUGAAUCUGAGGCCCGGCAACGCCCUGAAACGCUUCCUGGCCGCUCAGACCAAACUUCAUGAUGAGAUUUGUGAGAAGAGGACGCUCGCCACCAUUGCCACCCAUGACCUGCAGCUGGUGAAGGGGCCCCUUCUGUACGAUGCCAGACCCCCCAAGGACUUCAAGAUCGUUCCGCUGAAUCGGAAGGAAAUAGACGCCAAGGAGUUGGUGCGCCAGCUGAAGUUCGAGGCGGAAGAACAGAGGAAGCAGAAGAGGCGCCAAAACGUCUCCGGACUGCACAGAUAUCUUCAUUUGUUGGACCACAAAGAAAACUUCCCGUGUUUAGUGGAUGGAGAAAAUGCCGUCAUCUCUUUCCCACCAAUCACCAACAGUGACAAGACCAAGAUCACCAAAUCCACCCGCGCCCUCUUGCUGGAGGUGACCAGCGCCAGCAGUCUGCAGACCUGUAAAGAUGUCAUGGACGCUCUGAUUGAGAAAAUGGCAGAACUCCAUAAAUUCACGAUGGAGAACAAAGAGGAGGAAGUUGGAUCGGAUGCAGAACAUCCGGAGGACUCGGCGCCUCAGAACCCGGACCCCCAGGAGCGCCCCCAGCUGGUGCUGGAACAAGUGCGCAUCACCGACAUGGAGGGCAACCUGAAGGUCCUGUACCCAUCCAAGACCGACCUGAACCUCAGCGCCGCCGCCUUUGUGGUCGUUCGUUAGUAUGAGAUGUCUUCUCGUUUCCUCCAGCGACCAAUCGCGUCCUUCGGUUGUCGCAUGAGAAUGACGAUUGGGCGCGGAGGGGUCGCUGUGAGUGAAAUGAGCGAUUUCCGCCGAAUUUCUCCGUCUUUUCCAGCGUUUUAGCAUUUCUCGAGAACACAAGGAAACCUUAUUUAUUUUUUAUUGUCCUUAUUUCUUGUUUUAUAUGUUGGAUGUUUUGUUGGCCUUUUCCUCGUGUUCAGAUAUAUGAAAUAUCGCCGCCGCCGCCAUUUUCUUAUUGUGAAAUCGGACAAAAUAAACUGGCAGUUCAGAAA